AUUUUUGUGCUUCCCCUCCUCUCCUCCAUCUCCGACAGUCCAACUGAACCACCCGCGCACACAGAUCUUCAAACCCGCGAGAAAGAGAGAGAGGCAAUGGAGCCGGAUCAACCGUCGAUAAAAUUCGGGACCCAAGAGGCGCUCUCGCACGUGCGAGCCCUGACGGAUGUGGGGGCAAUGACUCGCCUCCUCCACGAGUGCAUAGCCUACCAGCGAUCCUUAGAUUUGGACCUCGACAACCUCCUCUCCCAGCGCACCGACCUCGACAAGCAGCUCCUGAGCCUCCACAGGUCCGCAACGGUCCUCGACAUCGUCAAAGCUGACUCCGAUCACGUGCUCGCCAACGUCACCUCCACGUGCGACCUCGCCGACCACGUCAGCGCCAAGGUCCGCGAGCUCGACCUCGCCCAAUCGCGCGUCAAGUCCACGCUCCUCCGCCUGGACGCCAUCGUCGAGCUCGGAAACUGCAUCGACGGCGUCAAGCAAGCCCUCGACACCCAGGUCUACGAGUCUGCCGCCAAGUACGUGCAGCGGUUUAUUCAGAUUGACUCGGAGUACAGGGACUCGGGCUCCGAGCAGCGAGAGCAGCUUAUGGAGUCGAAGCGGCAGCUCGAAUCGAUAGUCAGGAAGAAGCUCUCUGAGGCUGUGGACCAGAGGGAGCAUCCUACCGUGUUGAGAUUUAUCAGGCUUUACACUCCGCUGGGUUUGGAGACGGAGGGCUUGCAGGUUUACGUGGGGUAUUUGAGGAAGGUGAUUGGGAUGAGAUCCAGGCUUGAAUUCGAGCACUUGGUGGAGCUUAUGGAGCAGAACAAUCCAAUCCAGACGGUCAAUUUUGUUGGGUGUUUGACCAAUUUGUUCAAGGACAUUGUUUUAGCUGUUGAAGAUAAUGAUGAGAUUCUGAGAGGGCUUUGUGGGGAAGAUGGGGUUGUUUACGCCAUUUGUGAACUUCAAGAGGAGUGUGAUACGAGGGGUAGUUUGAUUUUGAAGAAGUACAUGGAGUAUAGGAGAUUGCCAAAGUUGAGCUCUGAGAUUAAUGCCCAGAACAAGAAUUUGCUUAAUGUUGGUGAUGUUGGUGUUGGGUCUGAGGGGCCUGAUCCUAGAGAGGUUGAGCUCUUCUUGGAAGAGAUACUGUCUUUGAUGCAAUUGGGUGAGGAUUAUACUGAGUUCAUGGUGUCUAAGGUCAAGGGAUUGACGAAUGUUGACCCGGAUUUAGGACCAAGAGCCACUAAGGCUUUUAGGAGUGGAAGUUUUAGCAAGGUGGUUCAGGAAAUUACUGGGUUUUAUGUCAUAUUAGAGGGUUUCUUUAUGGUGGAGAAUGUGAGGAAGGCUAUAAGAAUUGAUGAGCAUGUGCCUGACAGUCUCACGACUUCGAUGGUCGACGAUGUUUUCUAUGUCUUGCAGAGUUGCUUACGGAGGGCAAUAUCCACUUUGAAUAUCAGCUCUGUGAUUGCUGUGUUGAGUGGCUCGAGUAGCUUGUUGAGCAAUGAGUACCAUGAGGCUUUGCAACAGAAGAUGAGAGAACCCAAUCUUGGUGCAAAGCUGUUUUUGGGUGGUGUUGGUGUGCAAAAGACUGGGACGGAGAUUGCCACUGUUUUGAAUAAUUUGGAUGUCAGUAGUGAGUAUGUCCUCAAAUUGAAACACGAGAUUGAAGAGCAAUGCUUAGAGGUAUUUCCUGCACCAGUUGAUAGAGAAAAAGUUAAGUCCUGUCUGUCUGAAUUAGGGGAUAUGAGCAACACAUUCAAGCAAGCUUUGAAUGCUGGCCUGGAACAACUUGUGGCAACGGUGGCACCCCGCCUGCGUCCGGUGCUAGAUCAUGUGGGGACCAUUAGCUAUGAGCUGUCAGAGGCUCAAUAUGCCGACAAUGAGGUUAAUGACCCUUGGGUCCAAAGGCUUCUCCAUGCUGUUGAGAUGAAUGUAGCGUGGCUCCAGCCACUAAUGACUGCCAACAAUUAUGACUCAUUCGUACAUUUGGUACUUGACUUCAUUGUGAAGAGGCUUGAAGCAACUAUGAUACAGAAGAGAUUCAGUCAACUUGGAGGCCUUCAGCUGGACAGAGAUGCUAGAGCAUUGGUAAGCCACUUCUCUAGUAUGACGCAAAGGACUGUUAGAGACAAGUUUGCUCGUCUCACUCAAAUGGCGACAAUCCUCAACUUAGAAAAGGUCUCGGAGAUUUUAGAUUUCUGGGGAGAGAACUCAGGACCUAUGACCUGGAGACUGACGCCAGCCGAGGUCAGGCGAGUAUUGAGUCUGAGAGUUGAUUUUAAACCUGAAGCAAUUUCCGCUCUUAAGUUGUAAUCCCCGUCUGAAUUGACACUUACCCGCACAUUCUUUUGUUGUUUC